CUCGCAGCCGCAAGCCAGUUGCCGACUGGUUGCCAAAACAGAAGGUUGUGUAGUUGCGCCGCUUAUAAUUUUUGCUCGUUAUCAACAUCACCAUGUCGCGAGAUAUUGCUGCCGAUCAGCUCAAGCUAUUCAAGAGCUCUGCAACUGAAAAGGAAUCAUGCCCCGGAUCGCUCACGACGAGCUCCGGCUGCCCAGUGGGCGACAAGCUCAACUCCCUGAGCAUCGGCCCGCGCGGUCCUCUGCUGCUGGAGGACCUGCAGUUCUUGGACGAGAUGGCCCACUUUGAUCGGGAGCGCAUCCCCGAGCGCGUGGUGCACGCCAAGGGCGGAGGUGCGUUCGGAACGCUGGAGAUCACGCACGACAUAACCAAGUACUGCAAGGCUGCCGUGUUCAGUGAAGUGGGCAAGAAGACGCCCCUCGCCAUCAGGUUCUCCACCGUUGGCGGUGAGAGCGGAUCAGCCGACACUGCCAGGGAUCCUCGUGGAUUUGCGAUAAAAUUCUACACUGAGCAAGGUAACUGGGACCUCGUGGGGAACAACACUCCGAUCUUCUUCAUUCGGGAUCCUGUGCUCUUCCCUUCCUUCAUCCACACGCAGAAGAGAAACCCUGCCACGCACCUUAAGGACCCUGAUAUGAUGUGGGACUUCAUCAGCCUGCGACCAGAGACCACUCACCAGGUGUGCUUCUUGUUCUCUGACCGCGGCACCCCCGAUGGCUUCCGCUUCAUGAACGGCUACGGCUCACACACCUUCAAACUCGUCAACAAAGAGGGCCAGCCCGUCUACUGCAAGUUCCAUUUCAAGACCGAUCAGGGCAUCAAGAACUUGUCGGCGGAGCGCGCGACCGAGCUGGCAGGCACCGACCCCGACUACUCCAUCCGUGACCUGUACAACUCCAUCGCCGCGGGCCAGUAUCCCUCAUGGACUAUGUACAUCCAGGUGAUGACAUACGAACAAGCUGAAAAGUACCGCUACAAUCCGUUCGACGUCACCAAAGUUUGGCCGCACAAGGAAUUCCCUCUCAUUCCGGUUGGAAAAGUUAAGCUGGAUCGUAACCCCAAGAACUAUUUCGCCGAGGUGGAGCAGAUCGCGUUCUCGCCGGCUCACAUGGUGCCCGGUAUUGAAGCGUCGCCAGACAAGAUGCUGCAGGGCCGCCUCUUCUCGUACACCGACACUCACCGCCACCGCCUCGGGCCAAACUACCAACAGAUACCCGUCAACUGCCCCUACCGUACCAAGGCUGCUAACUACCAGCGAGAUGGGCUCAUGUGUGUCACUGACAACCAGGCUGGGGCACCAAACUACUACCCCAACAGCUUCUCUGGCCCCGCUGACUGCAAGAGCUACAACGGCUGUAAAGCAAAGUACUCUGGUGAUAUCGAACGCUUCAAUUCUUCGGAUGAAGAUAACUUUUCCCAGUGCACUGACUUCUACAGAAACGUUUUAUCUGAAGCCGAGCGCGGCCGCCUAGCCGACAACAUAGCAGGCCACUUGGUUUUCGCCAUGGACUUCAUCCAGGACCGCGCCAUCGGAAACUUCGCUAAAGUCGACGCGGGCUUCGGACAGGCCAUCAGGGAACGCAUCGCUAAACUCAAGACCGCCAAACUUUAGAAAUUCCACCAUCUAAUUCCUGAAAAUUAUUGCGAAGGCUAUGAUUUUUGGCUGGUCUAUUCAUGACAUUCAAGAUUAUUAAUAUGAAUAUGCUCUCUUCACUCUUAUUUUUGAUCUGUGAUGGUUUCGGUGGUGUUGUAAUUGAACGUUUUAGUUGUAAAGCAACACGGACGAUGACGAAAGUGCCCGUCUCUGGUAUUUGUGUCUGAAACAUUUUCUUUGCGCUCAUAAUAUUCCAUGCGUAUUUUGAAAGCCUUACAUUAUUUUAUAUUAAAUUAUCAUGGAUAUUAUUAACUUGUAAUCUACAGAAAUCGGGUUUGACUAGACUCACGGAUCUGAAACGAGUGGCUUAUUUAGUAUCGUCGUUAGCAUCAGUUAUGUCCGUACUACUUUUGCUGGAAGCAUAAUUCUCGAUGAUUACUUCAGCUAUUUCAGCGUAACGGUGCCCAGCAUCAAUGAAUCACAUUCCGCAGAGUUGUCUAAAUGAUGGUCGACUAGUUUAUAUCAAGAUUAUUUUAUUAUAUGAUUUAUUGCUCACUCUUAACUACAGAAUCCCUUAGCAAAAUCUCAACGAACUUAACAUUCAACAAAGCAGAGUAAUUUUUGUCAAUGGAUUUGUCGGAGUUACCCUAUUUUUAAGGACGUUUUGCUGUGAAAUGUUCGUUUAGUGAUGGCAAUUUACGUCAGCGUAUUAUUCACUAAAUCGUGCCUUUUGUUCCUAUUGUGGGAAAUGCAUUGAUCUGGCUGAAUGAUUUCGUUUGAAAUAAUGCCUAACUUCAAUAUCAUCUCAAAAUUGAAGAGGUAUAUAAGUUCAUGAGAACUUAUCGCUCAUGUGAAUCGGCAAUAAUAUGUUGAGCUAAGCGUUUAUUGCGUCGCUGGUUUUCCUAAGUUGAGUGUUUAAAAUUUUUUAAUUUUUUGGUAAAUUUUAAGCGAAUGAACUAAAGUUGUCAUAAAGUCUUCUCGGUGUGGCUUCAUUGUUUUUACAAGAAUUUAAUUUUCGAAUAUCUUGUUGUUUGUUUCAGAGUUUGCUUGUUUGAGAGUAUAACCUGCAUUUAAUAUUUUUCUAUUAACUCGUUGCUGGUUGUUUGAACUAGCUACUUUGUACUGCUUGGAGCGCGAUUCCGGUUUCAUUGAAGGUUUAUGUAGUAUUUUUUUCUGUCUCGUAUUACGGGUUAGAUAAUGUUGCCACUGUUCUAAUGCUCGUUCUAUUAUUAUAUCGUGGAGUUGUUGGAUCUUUGUGCGGUACAUACAUUUCAAUGACCCUUUAUCUAUUAUGCUUCAGUGAGUAAUAAAUCGGUAAAAUA